AUGGAAAACAAGACUAUGCCAACAAGUUUUCAAAGUGAAGCUGAGGAUUUCACACUAACACAAAACACAUCCUAUGAACCAGUAGUAAAGACUGAUACUAGUACUGAAGAAGCAAUGUACUCAGAUCUUCAUGACUACUCAGAUUAUCAGCUACCAAAAGCUAAUGUUAAGGAUACCAAACCUCCUCAACAACCAGUGCAGUAUACUGUAGGAAAGAAGUCAUUUGCUGCAAUAAUAAUUCUACUGGUGAUCAUAAUAUUCCUAUUGGUAGCUAUACUUGUACUUAACUUAAUAUCAAAAGAUGCUGCAAGCAGCAACAAUGCUGUCCUCACUAAUAGUGGUAAUACUGCUAUUAACAGUAACAUCUCACUGAUACAGAAUAAAUUAGACAACUUAUUCAAUGAAUUACUAGUAAUACAGAAUAGAUCCUCUUUGUUCAAUUCUGCUAUUCAACUUGUUUCUUGUAAAGAUUUUAAAGCAGCUCAUCCCAACAGUCCUUCUGGUUACUAUUAUAUUAACAGUCGCAAUACAUACUGCAAUAUGGGAGAGCUGUGUGGACAAGAAGGAGGAUGGACAAGAAUAGCUUCUCUUGAUAUGACUAAUAGUUCCCAGAAUUGUUCCUCUGGACUUGAGGAAUUGAUGACUGGAGGCAUUAGACUUUUGUAG